GAGAGAGAGAGAGAGAGGAGGUGGCACUCAGUAAACGAGACAGACGAAAGGAUGUAGUACAGUGUUCGCGUGCGUGAGUAUGCAUAGAUAUUCCCGUGUGUGUGCUGGCACGGCAGUGGCCACUGGCAGUGAGAGACAAACGAGUUGAAGGCACUACACCUAUGCCAGAUACCAUCUAAGACAGUGGACCACACGGUGUCACCGAUCAUCUGUCUCGCCGUGAGACUUUAUGUUUAUUUCUUUACGCUUGCUGUGCUAAGACUGUGCUCAAAGUAUCCCUGCUUGGAAGUACCGGGUGUCUUCCCAGUUUCUUGGAUGCGGAACAGGAUAUUUAUGCUUGUUGACAAGGUCAGAGUUCAACAUGUGACACAAAGUGGACAGCGCAAGUCAGUCAUGUGAUGUAGGCACUAUCUGCGACCCUUCAGAUGAGCAAGAUAAAGAAACACCUAUGGGGCUGGCCUCUAUUGGGAUGUUUGGCGCUGUUUUCCUACGGUCAGGUUUUGAUCCCAUGGGACCACUGCCAAUCCAACUACUACACUAACGCGAAGUGCGUGAACCACCCUGAUGGCUACGGGUGUGAGUGUGGUCCUGGGUUUCACUGGAACACCCACCAAUGCAUGUCAUCCGCCAUUGAUUCCAGAUUUGAGUUCAAGCCAGGGGAACCCAUCAGGUAUACGCUCCUGUGGGGCAAAGGGUUCCCCCGACUCAACGCCUUUACCAUCGCCUUCUGGUUGAACGUGUCGGAUCACAACCACCCGGGGACCAUCCUGUCCUACAGGAAAGAAAACCAGUUGAACAUCCUAAGGAUGAUAAGCGGCCCCACGAUCAGGUUCGACAUCCACGGUACGCAGGUCGUCACUGACCUCGAGCUGGAGCCCAAGAAAUGGUUUCAUAUUGCACUGACGUGGCAAUCUUCUGAUGGUACCUGGGUUCUUUACCGAAACGGUGACCCAGUCCGAAACGGACGUGUCGAUACCAAGUCCAUGCUGCCAAUACCUUCAGGCGGGGAGUUUGUUCUAGGUCAGAGUUCAAGGCAGGUUGUCUUUAACAGUACCAAUGCACUGGAUGGUGACCUUUCACAUUUGAAUAUCUGGAACCAUGUGAUGAACUCGAGUCAGAUCAGCUACAUCAACAGUUCGUGCACUUUCAUGUACUGCGGUAACGCCAUACAGUGGGUGGAAUUCAGGGCCGGCACCAGAGGCGCCAUGAAAAUGAGGUGGCCCUCUGGAAUAUUUACUGGAAGAUGUUUUUCUGAUGCACAAUCUGGGUCAUCCUGUGAGAAAUUCUGCAGCCUUUUGAUUGGUGCCCAGUGUAACGAGGAGACAAGGGAGAAUAUCCUGUGGCUGAGGAACGCUGCCAAUCAGACAGUCAAUGUGUCUUGUCCAAGUUUGUCCAGGGAGCAAGCCAAUAACUCCACCAAUGGGACAAGUCAGAACUUUGCUUGGAGAUUGUGCAAACUGGAGGAGAAUGAAAACCACGGGGAGUGGCAGGAGCCGUACAUUGAUUCUUGUAUCUCGUCUUCUCUUAUGGCUAUCAAAGAAAAGACUUUGAGUCUAGAGAAGCAAGGUAUCAAUGAAAUUGAUUUGUUAAAACUAGCGCACGAGCUGCUGAACCACACCCACGAGUACACGUACAUCAACCCCAUUGACAUAGCCACUGUCAUUGACUUGUUGGCCAUUCUGGUCAAGGCACAGGGGAUAGCUCCAAGAACUGUCACUUGGCUAGACGAAGGAAGAAUGUACGCUUCCGCCAGUGAGAUCUACCCGACAUUUCAACAAACUAAAACUUUUAGUGAGCUGUUUAUCAACACAGUGAACAAUCUCCUCUCGCCCCGUCAUGAAGUGGGUUGGAACGCCACACGUCCCGCUGGCAACGAGGUCGACCAGCUGAUGCAGGUGAUGCACAACUUUGCUGACGUCAUCAGUCGGUCCCUUGACUACCACAUCAAGGACGGCCUCAUCCUGUACCAUGGGGCAUCGAUCCAGAUUUUGAGGCAGUAUGUCGAGUUUAAAAUUGAGACCCAGUGGGUUUACAGUUUGAAGAACAUUGAGUUCCCAGACAACACAGUAAAGGACAGUGAUGGACGCCUGGCCAAAGAAUCUGGAUUUAUCAAACUGACCAGAGACACCAUCAGUGCCACUAACGCCUCAGCGAUUACAGUUUUUUUCGGCAUCUCAACGUUCCGGUAUAAAUCUUUGUCCCGGCUGAUCCCAGGCUUUGAUAAAACUAGGAACAGACCCAAUCAGGUCAACAGUCCAGUGAUGGCUCUCUACUUCCACAUUCAGCCCCUGUCAGGUGAUGGCAAUAUAGAAGUCAGCAACUUGAGCCCGCCCAUUCUAGUCAGUGUCCCCAUUCAUAAUACAUUCAACAUCUCCAAUCCAAGGUGUGUUGUUCUACGUCACAGUUCAAAUCGAAAGCCCUGGAGCUGGUAUCGGGGCUGUCAGAAGUUAAGGUACACGGGCCACAGUGGGGUCUGUGCCUGCCCGCAGCCUGGAGUGUUCACCAUCAUCACUGAUAUGUUUGAUGAUAAUUGGGACAAGGGAGAUAAACGCCCCAAAUUGAUGAAUUUCGCCACAUAUUUUGGUUGUGCAAUGUCAGCCACACUCUGCCUUAUAGUGUGUGGUGUCCAUAUGUAUUUAAGAACAUCUACUAGUACGGCAGCGCUUCACCGUAACCUGUCAGUGUCCAUAGCUCUCGGUCAACUGGUCUACAUGAUUGGUAUAGACAGAUAUGAGACGCCAUCCAUCUGUAAAAUAUUCGCCGUGUUGCUCCAUUACUUUUUCCUGACCAACUAUUCCUGGGUGAUGAAUGAAGCCUUCAACUUAUACAUCGUCAUCACCUACUCAACCCACAACCCUAGUGACCUGACAGACUCUGGCUCCAUGAUUCGUUACUAUGUACUGGGAUGGGUUAUUCCAGCCAUCUUGGUCGGUGCAUUUGUUGGUACAUCGGAUAACUAUUGUGCCCUGGAUAUGUGUUGGGUGGCGCCUGAUCAUCUCUGGUUGUUUAUUGGUCCAGCUAUUGGAAUUAUAUCUAUUACAAUUCUAGUAUUAAUUUUUACAGCCAAAGAACAUAAUGAAAAUUCAUAUACAAAAAGUGAUAAAACCAAUAAAAUUAUCAAUAUUCACAUGAAGGCUCUGUGGACUCAAGUGAUAUUGGUGACAGUCUGUUGGAGCUUUGCUUUCAUUUCACUCAAAAUUAUGGACAACAUUUUAAAAUAUUUAUAUGCAAUGUUUACUUCCUUACAGGGAGCUUUCUUUGUUGUGUUUUACAUGUUUCUACAUGAAGAGAUAAGAGCUUACAUCAAAAGCCGACAAAAGAGAAGAGCCCUACAGCUUCAGGGGCUAGAGUUCCAAGACAAUCAUUCCUUAGAUUCAUUCGCUUCCAACAGUCUUAUAGACAGGGAUGUGGCGGAUGGUCACGGCGGAAUGUCCGGUUCCGGUGGCGGCAGCAUUAGUACCGGCACAGGCCCGGCACAGAAACAACUGAAUGUCCCGGGAGAAUUUAACGGGACGGACCCAUCUAGCAAAGACAGCCGGCCGUCCCGACUACGAGAACUAUCUCGCAAGAAGAACCGGGCGCGCAUUGAGGCCAGCAGUGAUGAAGGAUCUGAUUGUGAGAUGAUAUCAACCGUCUGAUGGUCAUCGGGCUCGACACUUACUUCGUAUUGUCCAGUGUUUGACCACUGGCCGUCUGUGUAAACUAAAGGAAGAUUGGAACUGACUAAAGACCGGAACUUCGGGAAAUCGAUUGGUAAAGCAAAGUUCAGCAACUCUAGGGUGAUGAGCUAACUAGUCAAUGAGUUGCCAAGAGUGAUUGCCCCUUAUACAAAAAAAAAAAAAAAUCAAAACAUUGCACUAAAAGAGUAUUAGCCGUACAUAUGAUGAAGAGUGAAUAAUGUGAACAAAUAUUUUCAGUAUAAAACUAUUAAAUAUGGCUAAAUAGCAAAUAUUUGUUGGAACACUAUUGCAUUAGAAAUUCUAUAAGAAAGAUUUAGAACUAUGAUUUUUUUUCUGUUACUCUAUAAAUAGUAUUAGAGGCCAAUUUAUGUGAUUAUAUUUUUUUAAUUUUUAAAUCGUCUAAUCCUAUCUAUGAAACUAUUGAAGAACGAAUAUAUUUGCUGUUUUUUAUUCAUAAUUUAUAUAGUACAAGUAGUCUUUAAGGGCGCUUAAAUUUGAUUGUAUCUAAAUUGUUUUGUUACCUAUAUGUAGAGCAUUCAAUGAAGUGAUUCUAAUUUUGUACUGCUUUCAUUUCUCCAAACUUUACCAACUGCAACUAGUGGGUGCGGGCAGGCUCGAGUGACACCUAACCUCUUGACGCCACUGACUGCGACAUAUCUUGUUUACAUUUUAGACUAUCACGUGACACACCUCGUGUUGAGUACCGAAAAACAUGGAAGACAAGUAGUUUUUUUUUGUUUUUUUUAAUUAAAGAUCUUGUGAUAACAAUGAAAUGAAUGUACUCUUUAUUGCGUAUAGACUAUGAUAUAGUAAUGUAUGUAUUGAAGAGUCUGCGUAAGUUAAAUAUUUAGAUGUUGAUGUUUUUGAUAACACAAAACAGUUUACGGUUAUGAAGUAUGGAAGACACAGGUUGGAUUUAUUUGAAUUUGUCGAAGCCAAUUUGUGAAAAUCAAAGUUAGCAGACUGAAGCAUCGACACAGUGUGUGUGUGUGUGCGUGCGUGCGCGUGUGUUUGUUUUUCCUAUCAUCAAAUAAGAGUUAUAUUAGUUUCACUUUUUUUUCUUUAUCAUCAACUCUUGAGUUUAAGUUUCGCUAUUUUUAAUUUUCUAUCACUUGUAAGAAGAAAGUUUGGGAUACAUUCAAUGAAUUAGGUCAGGGUCAAGGUGUAGUAAAUCUUAAAGAAUAAAACAAAAUAUGGAGUUAUUA